AUGGUUCUUGCCGAUCUGGGAAGCCGUAUUAAGUCGGCUUUGUCUCAGCUGGGCCAAGCUCCUCUCGUUGAUGACCAAGUCUUAGAUACACUUCUAAAGGAGAUAUGCCUAGCACUUCUGGACUCUGAUGUUAAUGUCAAGCUUGUGGCAAAUUUGCGGAACGCGGUGAAGGCGAAAGUAAAACAAGCAAUAGAAGGAGGUGCUGACCGUGGCCGGGACUCCAAUAGGAGGACCAUAGCUCAAAAAGCGAUCUUUGAUGAGUUGGUGAACCUCGUCGACCCUGGUGUGCAACCGUAUCAACCCAAGAAAGGAAAACCGAACGUCAUCAUGGCGGUUGGCCUGCAGGGUAACGGGAAAACCACCACUUGCACAAAACUAGCCGUUCACUACCAACGACGAGGCUUCAAGUCGGCAAUCGUCUGCGCUGAUACCUUUCGAGCUGGUGCUUUUGACCAAACUCGCCAAUCCGCCACUAAGGCGAGGGUUGCGUACUUUGGAUCUUACACGGAAACAGAUCCUGUCGCUAUUGCUGCAGAGGGCGUCACAAAGUUUAAGAAGGAGCGGUUUGAAGUAAUAAUUGUGGACACGUCAGGAAGACAUCGACAAGAAGCAGAGUUGUUCGAAGAAAUGGUUCAAAUUGGAAAAGCUGUCCAGCCUGACAUGACAGUUCUAGUAAUGGAUGCCAGCAUCGGCCAGGCUGCAGAGUCACAAAGUCGAGCCUUCAAGGAAAGCGCCGAUUUUGGUGCAAUCAUUGUAACAAAAAUGGAUGGCCAUGCUAAGGGGGAGGAGCCAUCUCGGCGUAACGUGGCGGCAACAACGACGCCUAUUAUCUUCAUCGGAACAGGUGAACACAUGACCGACCUGGAAAAGUUCUCGCCGCAACCUUUCAUAUCGAAGUUGCUGGGAUUAGGUGACAUGCAGGGUUUGGUGGAGCACUUCCAAACUAUCGCUAUGCAAGAUCCGGAGCGGCAAAAAGAUAUUGCGAAGAGCAUCGAGGAAGGUAAACUCAGCAUUCGAGCGUGGAGGGAGCAGAUAUCGACUAUAAUGAGCAUGGGGCCGAUAAGUAAAAUCGCAUCUAUGAUACCUGGGAUGCCACAGGAGAUGAUCAAUGAUUCUGACGAGGAGGGCAGCAUGCGUCUAAAGCGCAUGAUUUUCAUCACAGACAGUAUGACUGCCAAAGAACUUGAUUCGGACGGUAUGAUUUUUAUGACAAUGGACGAAUCUGGCAAAGUACCCGCCGGAGUAAACUGGAGAGUUGCUCGUGUCGCCCGAGGCAGCGGUACAAGUGUGCGCGAGGUUGAGGAGAUGCUUUGCCAAUACCGUAUGAUGUCGAGCAUGGCGAAGCAGAUGGGUGGGAAGAACGGCAUGAUGAGUAACUUCCAAAAAAUGGCCUCAGCAGCUGGGCCUAUGAUGGGGCCUGGUGGGAUGCCAACGAGGGAGCAAGUGGCGGCCAUGCAGCGAGCGGCUCCUCCGGGCUUCAUACAAAAGCUUCGUCAAGGCGGAGGGAUCUCCGGGAUGCAAGAAAUGAUGAAAGCCAUGAUGGGUGGCAAUGUCUCCGACGAAGAAAUGGCUGAGAUGCAGAGUGAGUCCAUCUUGAAUUUAACAGGAAUGAUGAACAACCUGCCUGGGUUCGGUGCGGGAGGUAUGCCGAAUAUGGGCGAUCUUAUGAAAAAUUUUGGUGGGCUGGGUGGGCUGGGCGGUUUGGGUGGCAGGCGAUAG